AUGCACCAGUAUUACCACUACCUGACGGAGAUCCUCAAGGACCACUUUGGCUUCGAUGGGGUUGUCAUGAGCGACUGGAACGCGCACGCACACAUACCUUCAUGCACAUCCGAUAGCUGCCCACAAGGGAUCAACACGGGGGUACAACAUACGUAUAGCAUUCAUGCGUAUCAAAUGUAUGUAUGUCUGCUGCCUGUCAGAUCGACAUGUUUCUGAUCUCCACAGUGGGUGGCGAGCACUACCCCAAGUUUAUCGAGAACACCCUCCAGGCCGCCAGAAACGGCACCAUGCCGCAGUGGCGCAUCGACGACGCCGCCAGACGAGUGCUGCGCCUCAAGGCCCGACUAGGCAUGAUCGGACCGGGCGUUGACGCACUGGAAAGGAUAGGCCGCGUCAACAUACCACUAUCGGCAGCCCAGAGCACACGGCGGUUGCCAGAGAAGCCGUGCAAGAAUCGGCGGUGCUGCUCAAGGUGACUCGAAGUGAGUCAGGAGACAUGAUGAGAAUGCGUUAUUUGUGCGGGAUGUGGUGUGAGCAGAACAAUGGCGGUGUGUUGCCGCUGA